AUGCCUGGCACAUUUCUGGCUGGCCGUGGAAGCCUGGGAGCUGCUGAGAAGGCCAAUCAGGUGACGCGAAAACCAGCUGUGAUGCGAAGCAACAGCACCAAUACACCUUAUCCAGCCGGACGUUUCAACUCUCCUGAUGCCUGUGCCUUUAGUUUUUACUCAGAUGGAUACGGGGGUGAGAAUAAUUCAUCCGUGACUCAAACAUCUCCCCUUGAGUUAGAUGGAUCACAGUCUAGGCAAGGUCCAUUUAACACACAUCCUCAGAAUGAUGUCUGUAGUCCGGAAUAUACACCGGGAGUCGAGCUCUCUGUGAUGCAUGAAACAACAACACCAAAUAUGAGCAACGGUUCCGCUUCGUCCUCAUCCCUCUCCACCAAUGCUACUAUGCUCUUGGCUGCCCCUGUGCUGUCUGGCCAAGGUCUACUGCCCCUUCGCAACACUGUUACAGAAGUAAGGAAUUCUGAUGCAGUUGGCCGGAACGAAGAGGAUACUGUAAAUUCAGGACAAAUUUUUGGAAGCAUAGGAGUAUACCACCGACCCAUUGUCUCCACUUGUGAUGCCAGAGUUGGUACAGAAGCAGAUGAAUGUCUGGGGUGCACAGACUCGAAAACUUCGAUGGGCCAAGCUGCUUCAGAUCUUCCCUUUAAAGACGAAACAAUACAGAGGCGCUUUGCACAAACACAAAAGGCUCUGCUUUUUUUUACUGUGAUUUCGGAGGACCAAUUGGGACUAUAA